UUAUCAGUCGACUCACCAGUCACCAUUUCUUCCCCCUCAUCAAUGGCUUCUACAAACGUCUCUUCUAUCCAACUCCUCUCUUUCAUUCGCUUAUUCUCUUCUAUUCCCCAAAAUACCCCUACUCUUUUCUUCAAUUCCCACCCUAAGCCCUCUCUCAACCUCCGCGCUAUUUCUCCCAAGCCCUACCACUCAUCCAAGAGGUCUCGUCCAUGGCUGCCGGUGGUCCUCGCCGUUAAGAACCUCAGCGACACGGACCCGAUCACGGUGUCUCCGGAGAACGGAGAAAUUGCCGGAGAUUUGCCAUCUUCCGCCGGAGUUUACGCCGUUUACGGCAAGGGCGGUGAGCUUCAGUUCAUCGGUUUGUCACGGAACAUUGCGGCGAGCGUUUCUAGUCAUUGGAAAUCGGUGCCGGAGCUAUGUGGCUCCGUCAAGUUUGGGGUUGUGGAUGACCCUGAUAGAUCAACUUUAACUGAAGCAUGGAAGUCUUGGAUGGAAGAACACAUAAAAGUCAGUGGAAAAGUUCCACCUGGUAACGAGUCAGGAAACGCCACUUGGGUCAGGCAGCAACCAAAGAAGAAGGCUGAUCUUCGAUUAACACCUGGUCGCCACAUGCAAUUAACUGUCCCACUCGAGGAGCUCAUUGACAAGCUAGUAAAAGAGAACAAGGUAGUUGCUUUCAUUAAAGGAUCUAGAAGCGCACCAAUGUGCGGAUUCUCACAGAGGGUGAUAGGCAUUCUCGAGAAUGUAGGAGUAGAUUAUGAGAGUGUAGAUGUGCUGGAUGAAAACUAUAACUAUGGAUUGAGGGAGACACUGAAGCAGUACAGCAAUUGGCCAACAUUUCCUCAGAUCUUUGUGAAUGGUGAACUAGUUGGAGGGUGUGAUAUAUUGACCUCUAUGUAUGAGAAAGGUGAACUUGCUACUUUGUUCAAAAAAUAAAUGUGCAAACUACUCUGCAUUAUUUAGAUAUUCUUUUGAAAUGAGGGAAUUGGGAGUGGGGAUUGGAACAUCAAUACAGAUCAUGUAACGUUUUGUUGUAUAACUCCUUUAGAUAAAAGGAAGAAAAAAGAGAGAGAGAGAGAGAGAGAAUUAGUUAUGUAUAUUUGAUUUUGAUCAUUGUAGUAAGUAGAAAGUGUUUGCUUUCUGAA